AUGACAAGGAACUUGGACUCUUUCCGAUAUACAGGGAAUGGGAAUGAUGAAAAUAACAACAAACCACACAGAAUAACCAAAAUAAUACCAAAAGCAAAAGCAAAACGGAGGGCCAAUUCCAAACUACAUUCUAAUAACCAGAAAUCGUCGGUAGAUUUACCUGAUUUACAGCCUUCAUUGAAUGAUCACUUACAAGUUUUAUUUGUGGGAUUCAACCCAGGUACUGAAUCUUCAAUUCAACAACAUCAUUAUGCACAUCAUUCGAAUUUAUUUUGGAAAUUAUUUAAUCAGAGUCAAUUACUACAUAAAGUGAUAUCGAAAAAUAAAAAUAGCCCACACGAGCCAGUACCGGAAACACCAAAUGAAGUUAACAAAUCUGAAGAUCAAUUUUUGAAUCAUUUACUAGAAAAUGGAUGUAAUGCUACUCAUGAUUUCAAACUAAUUAAAUAUAAUAUCGGCUUCAGUGAUUUAGUAUUACGAAGCACAGCAAGAGCUGAUCAAUUGACAAUGCACGAAAAAUUAAAUAAUGUUCCUCGAUUGUUGCUGGAAUUUAAACUGUCUCACGUGGAAACCAUCGUGAUUGUGGGUAAAGGAAUUUGGGAAAUUAUAAUCAAAUAUUUUAUGAAUGAAUUGAGUAUUAGUAGUAAGAAUUUCAAAUUGGCUAGUGGUAACAGGAAAAGUGGUGAUGGCGAUGGUGGUGCUCCCCACAAAAAUUUUAAAUGGGGAUUAUUACAAAAGGGAUCAGAUUCGACUUAUAAUUUAAUAAUUGAUUCUAUUUACAAACAUAUUGAUGAGUCAAGUAAAAUAUACAUAUUUCCCAAUACUUCAGGACUUGUGGCGAGUUUAUCAUUUGAUGAAAAAUUGAAACUUUGGCAAGAUAUGGUUAAUGAUUUAUAG